AGGCCCUUAGCUGUCAACAAAUUACAAACGAGUAACGCAUGGCAUGGAAGAGGCUCCUUACAAGGACACACACACUCACAAAUUCCAUAUUCUCCCACGCUCCCAAGCAUGCAGACCAAUUCGAUGAGGACAAAGCACUCCGCGUUUGUCCCCAUGCCUCUCACCAAAUCCAGGUUCAAACCUCUUUUUCUCCUCCCAAACCUCCCCCUCUCCUUCACUCUACCGCAAUCUCAUCCCCAAAGUACAACCCUUCCUCCUCUUUUUCAUCCCAAACUUAACCUCAUGUCACCACUUCUUGUUUUUUUUUUUCUUUCUAGAGAAAUAACUUUGAGAUGACCCACGAGUACAUGUCCAUCUCUCCGAGCACGACGUCGGCCUUGGGGUCACCAUUCAGUACUCCGUCUACACGCGAGCUCAAGUCCGACGAGCGCGGGAUUUAUUUGAUCCAACUCUUACUCAGAUGCGCCGAGCAAGUCUCGGCCAACUCCUUUGACCAAACUAACCAAUGUCUCGAGCACAUCUCCAUGCUCGCCUCCCCAACGGGCGACACCGUGCAACGCAUAGCGUCCUGCUUCACCCAUGCCCUCGCUCUCCGAGUCCUCAGCUCCUGGCGUGGCUUCUACAUCGUCCUCAACCCUCCUCCUCCGACUCCCGCCGAGUCCCUCGCCGCCCGCCGCCACUUUUUCGACCUCUGCCCUUUCCUCCGUCUCUCUUACAUGAUCUCCAACCAAGCCAUCAUGGAAACCAUGGAAGGCGAGAAGAUGAUCCACAUCAUUGACCUCAGUUUCUCUGACCCAGCCCAAUGGGUUCCCCUUCUCCACCUCCUCAGAGACCGCAAAGAAGGCCCUCCUCACCUCCGAAUCACCGGCAUUAACGAACACAAACAACUCCUCGACCACACUGCGGUUCUCUUAUCCGAAGAAGCCGAACGUCUCGACAUCCCUUUCCAGUUCAACCAGGUCGUAUCCAGGCUCGACAACCUCGACCCCAACCUAGUCCGGAUCAAAACUGGCGAAGCUCUCGCCAUCUCUUCUGUUCUUCAGCUCCAUUGUUUGCUCGCUUCCGAUGAUGACGCCGCAGCCGCGCGUAAGGGAACUCCAUUUCUCACGUCCAGGAACUCUUGCAGCAUCGCCCAGUUCCAUAGGAUUGUUCAAAUGAGUCAAGGAACACUUGGGGAGUUACUUGAGAAAGACAUUUUGCUUAAUGGCUAUAGUAUGAGUCCUGAUUCGGCUUCUUCGUCUCCGUUUGGUCUUCCACCUGCGCCGAAGAUGGAGAGAUUCUUGUCAUGGCUCUGUGGUCUCUCACCAAAGGUCAUGGUUGUCACUGAGCAAGAGUCAAACCAUAAUGGGUUUAGUAUGAAUGAAAGGUUCAUGGAAUCCUUAAACUACUACGCGGCGUUGUUUGAUUGCUUAGAGUCAACGAUGGCGAGGCCAUCCGCGGAGAGGAUGAAGGUGGAGAAGCUGGUGUGGGGGGAGGAGAUAAGGAACAUAGUGGCUUGUGAAGGUGUGGAGAGGAGGGAGAGACAUGAGAAGCUUGAGAAAUGGGUGCACAGAAUGGAGAUGGCCGGGUUUGGUAGUGUGCCGUUAGGGUACUACACGUUGUUGCAGGCCAGGAGGUUGUUGCAGGGCUUUGGGUGUGAAGGCUAUAAGAUCAGGGAAGAGAAUGGUUUUCUUCAUCUUUGUUGGCAGGAUCGAUCUCUUUUCUCUGUUUCCGCUUGGAGACGCAGGAGGUUUGAUUGAUUUUUUUUACUCCUUUGUUUUUUUCUUUUUUUAUAUAAAGUUUUCUUGAUCUUGAAUGGAUGAUUAUAGAUUUUAAUGAAUGACUUUUCUUCUUCUUA